AUGUCUACGGAUCAGCCAUUGUUUGGUGCUGGAUCAGCGAGAGAUGGGAUUGGAUGCGAUUGGUCUUUCUGUAUGGGAUUGUCUGGUGAGAUCACAAUUCUCUUCGCCUUCGUCAUAUACUAUAUGGCCGCCAAAGUCAUUUGGUCUAAGCGUGAACAUCUGAAUGGCUUCCUCAACCCCUUGAACGAAAACCCGUUUGCAAACACUGUCACGACCGAAAUCGAAAUAACUUAUGAGGAACGAUCAAUCGUCAAAGAUGCUAGCGAUCAAGGCGUCUCCGAAAGUACUCUAGCCUCCGACCAAUAUGAGGUUGACAUUCAAGCGACGCCUCAGCAACGAGAAACUCAAAUGCGGAGAAUGAGAAGUUUCACCAGGGAAGUUGCAGAAUCUGGAACAGAUCCGGAAGCAUGGUUAUAUGCACGAGUGGCCAUCCUUUUCUUCAUUGCCAUGAUUCUUACAUGGAUUCCCGCAAGUGUCAAUAGAAUCUGGCAGAUGGCGAACCCCAAGGACAUUAACUUCCCGCUGAAUUAUAUUGAAUCAUUGGUGUUGUCGCUGCAAGGUUUUUGGAAUUUAGUUUUGUACAUCUUAACAUCCCAGAAAGCUUGUCAAGGGUUAGUUUAUCGAAUGUUUUCGAGUAGUGCGAGGACUCAGUCGAGGUUGGCUAGUGGGAGUCGGAGUCCCGAAAGGUAUCCGUGGGGUGGAAAGCAAAGGCUUGAGAGCGUGGCUAGCAAGUGA